UAUAUAUAUGUAUUCGGUGGAGUGUCGCUUACCAUAGUGAACAGUAGUCUCCUCUAUCUACACGAGUUAAUUGAACGGUUGAGAAUUUUCGUUUGCGUCUUUUGGAGUUAUUUUUGAGUCUGUAUGUUGUCGUAACAUUUGCAGUUACGUCGGGAAAGCUAAGCGAAGGCUAGGAGUAGCCAUUUGCGUGUGUGUGUGUUUAUAUAUAUUAAUAUUUUGUCGAAGUGUUAAUUGUGAAUCUUACCAAAAUUGCUACCAAAGCCAUGCGGGACCGGCCGGAAAUCCGGUGCGAGGAUAGAGAUCUUACUAACGUUCUCAAGAAUACACAUAUUGUUCUACCGGAUAUCCGAGUUUUGCGUCAAAUAUCUCACGAUACAAAAACUUGCAAUUCCGAGCCGGGGUCGAGGUCUUCCUCUUUUAAACACUCAGAAAAGCCAAAAUACUUGCAUGUGAAGUUCGAAUCUAUCCGGAGAAAAAGUAUGCCGGACAACGUAAUGAGUCCCGAGGAAGCCGCUCAAGUGCAGGAUAAAGUUGACGGCCUGCAUCCCUCCGAGCCCCCGCAACAAAUCCAAAGAGUGCGUUCCUUCAAAAUCUCCUCCAAAGGAAUUGUCAACCGAGGCGACUCGUUCCGACGAUCCAGUUUAAGUAAUUCUCAAAACUCAUUAGCCAAGUCGGACAGCACGAAAAGGACAAAGUCACCAUUAUGUAAGGCCGCUCCUAAACAGGAGAAGGUGGUGGAUUUGUUAGCGCCAGAUCAGGACGUGUACCAGGUGUCGAUCGUUGGAGCUAUGGGGGUCGGCAAAACUGCCAUCAAACACCAGUUCGUCACUUCGGAGUACAUGGGCAACCUUGAUACGUUCUCAGUGCAGUCUGGCGAGGAGACAGCCGUUCCUGUGAUCUUAGACGACGAGGAGUCCAUUGUACUCUUCACGGACUACGAUGACGCAGAGGACUGUGACGUCAUGUCGAACAAAGAUGCCAUAGUACUGGUGUUCUCGGUAACAGAAAGAGACUCGUAUAACUUCGCUGUGGACUGCCUUCUUGAUCUACGACAAACACUGAAUUCUAACCAGGUCAUCAUUCUCGUGGCCAACAAAACGGACAUUGUCAGAGGACGAGAGGUAUCAAGUGAAGAAGCGAAAACUAUGUCGGAGCAAUACCGAUGCAAGUAUGUAGAAACAUCGGCAUCCCUCAACCAUCAAAUCGACGAGCUUCUUGUCGGUGUUUUAAAGCAAAUACGACUGCACAGAAAGGCAAAAAGAAAACAAAAGAAACAAGACACGUCAGCCGCCUCAGCUUCUGGUGCCACGGCGAAUGUUCCGACACAAGCGUCUGAGAAUUUAAAACCAGAGGAAAAGCAGAGCGAAUCAGUCAUCAGACGCUUCUUUAAAGGAUUGUUUGGUCGCUUUAGCAGGAAGAAGGAUAACGUGGACAAUCUAUACAACUGAACUAAAUGGUGCUGUCUUGUAAAUAUGAUAUGUUAAGAAUAUGGGGCCAAAUCGUGUCUGUCACCUAAAUGAGAUACAGAACAAUAUAUGUUGAAUAACGAAAGCUUCAUUUAAACAUGAAAGAAAUAUAUCAUAGAAGACAGUAAUCAGGGAAUGAUUCGUGUAUCUCUAUUUGUAUAUAAGGAUUACCGAAUAAAUUGUUUUGAGUCUUCCUGAAAUUAACCUAGCAUGUAAUAUAACGUGCUUGUAUGUCGUAACGUGCACUUGCUGCAUUUUAGAUAUUUUAAAUAGUCUCAUAUCGUGUCCGUCCGCACUUAAGUGAAACUAAUUUGUUUGAAAGCAGACUAAUAAGGGAGCAUACGUAUAAACAGUUAUGCAAGUUCAUUUCGGGCGAUAUUCAAUACUCAUAUGAGAUAAAAACAGCAAAGAAACUAUUUGGCCCCAUACAAGAUCAACCGUCUCCGCUAACAGCACCAUAGCACUCUCGUGUUGUAAACAGGAUUAACAAAACGCGUCCGUCCAGUUUUUUGCCAGUCUCCGGAACUGACUAUAUCGUUGGUGUGUAUGCCCUCGUACUAAGUAUGUGUGUGAACAACGUGCCAAACUGAUGACAACAGGAAAAUAAGACAAAUAAGUGCAAAACACCAGGCUUAAAUCCAGUUUUAGCUAAAGUAGCAAUAUUCUACAUUAUGUACUCGAUACAGUUAAAGUUUGACGAGAACCAGUUUCAAUUAUCCGCCAAAUUCAGAUUCAUUCAAAUACAAAAAGGCAACAUUAGGUAGCCCUUAUCUCAGUAACAGCUGUGGUUGAGCGAUAGGCAAUAUUUUCGACUUUGAGAUAUUCGUGUUAUCAAGGAGUAAAAAUGAAUUAUGACGUUAAACUCGCCUCGAGAUAUAUUGAUAUUGCAAACAAAAUAUGUUUUUUGUUUGUGAUUAAAAAAAACCGAUAUCAGGUUUGUAAGAUAUAAUUGGAAUUCAGAAAUACAGAAAAAUAAUUAUCAAAAGCUGUGCUUUUUUUCAAGUUUUGCCUGUUUAACGUUAGAUGUGUAACUGCUUAAAAAAUCAAAUAUAUCGAUUGUUCUAAAAAACAUUAAUACUUUGUUGAAUUAUAUGCAGUGACAUAUGCCUAAUUGUUGGUGGUUUAAGCGACAUGUGAUUAGGGAUGUCCUAAGCGACACCUUAUUGAAUAUAAUGUAUUUAAUGUGGCGUGAUUUCAUGGCUCAUGUUUUCAUUUCAGACAUUCCUACUCAUCAACCAUCUUGGAUUAAAACAUUUUUACAAGUUCCAA